CAUCCACUUUCUCAUCCAUUUUCCUUCUCCCUUCCCUUCUCUCUCCAUUUUUUUUCUCUCAUCCCAAUUUUCCCCUUCUCUUCUCAUUUCUCAGAAAUUUUCCGGGAAAAUUUAUCAUCUCUCUUCCCUUUCUCUCUCCGAGGAAACCUCAAUCUCUGUCCUUAACCCAGAUCCGAAGAUCUCCGAGGAAUCGCCGGCGAUAGGCUGUAGUUUGCCUAUCUUCGCAAUUUUUAUCUCUCCCGAAAGUGCCUUUUUUGGUCUCAAGAAUCGUUGUUCUUGCUUCGAUUAUUAAUCUGUAUUUUUUUAUUAUAUACGGAAAUAUAUGUAUUUCUUUUUUGUUUAGCUUGAUUCGGAGAAUAGAGGGUUUAGAUCAUUCCGUCUGUGUGGAAAUUUGAUGGAUCCUGAGAUUGUGUUGCGAACUCGAAUCUUAGCGGAAGAAUAGGAAGUAUAAUGAGCGAUGAGCUUUUGAUUAGUAGGAAACAUAAUUUCGAUUACAGAAUAGUUUAGACUAGAUUAGGUUGUGUUUCAACUUCAGAAGGUGAAUUUAGGGUGAGUUUUGUAUAUAUUGAUUUGGGGAUUUUGGCAUCAUGGAUCAUGUUAUUGGCGGCAAGUUUAAGCUGGGAAGGAAGAUCGGAAGUGGAUCUUUUGGAGAGCUUUAUUUGGGAAUUAAUGUACAAAGUGGAGAAGAGGUGGCUGUCAAGCUGGAAUCAGUGAAGACAAAACAUCCCCAGCUGCACUAUGAGUCAAAGCUGUACAUGCUUCUUCAAGGAGGAACGGGCAUUCCCCAUCUCAAAUGGUUUGGAGUAGAGGGUGAAUACAAUGUGAUGGUUAUUGAUCUUCUUGGGCCAAGCCUUGAAGACCUUUUUAACUAUUGCAAUCGGAAGUUCUCUUUGAAGACAGUGUUGAUGCUUGCAGAUCAAUUAAUAAACAGGGUUGAGUACAUGCACUCACGGGGUUUUCUUCAUCGUGAUAUAAAGCCCGACAACUUUUUAAUGGGUCUGGGGCGUAAAGCUAAUCAGGUAUAUAUAAUUGACUAUGGUCUUGCGAAAAAGUAUAGGGAUCUUCAGACACACAAGCACAUACCAUACAGAGAAAACAAGAAUCUUACUGGGACAGCUCGCUAUGCAAGUGUUAAUACUCACCUCGGAGUUGAGCAAAGCAGAAGAGAUGACCUGGAGUCUCUUGGUUAUGUGCUUAUGUACUUUUUGCGUGGAAGCCUUCCCUGGCAGGGCUUGAAAGCAGGUACGAAAAAACAGAAAUAUGACAAGAUCAGUGAAAAGAAGAUGCUUACUCCCAUAGAGGUCCUUUGUAAAUCCUAUCCAUCUGAAUUUACAUCGUACUUCCAUUAUUGCCGAUCACUGCGGUUUGAAGACAAACCAGAUUAUUCAUAUUUGAAGAGGCUUUUCAGGGACCUGUUUAUUCGGGAAGGUUAUCAAUUUGACUAUGUAUUUGAUUGGACUAUACUGAAAUAUCCACAGAUCGGAUCAAGCUCAAGAGCACGACAACCAAGUGGAAAACCAGCUAUAAACCCUGGACCAUCUGCAGAAAGAACAGAAAGGCCUUCAGUGGGGCAGGAGAUUCGGGAUAGAUUCUCUGGCGCAGUUGAGGCUUUUGCUAGAAGGAAUGGCUCUGGGCAUGGUUUGCACGGUGAUCACUCCAGACACAGAUCUUCAGAUGAUGUACCAUCAUCCAAGGAAGUGAAAGCUGAUUCUGAAAGGGCCCGGAGUUCUUCUCGGAAUGGUAGUACUUCAAAGAGGCCUGUCAUAUCAAGCAGCCGUCCGAGCUCCUCUGGUGAGCCUAGUGAGAACCGCUCAAGCCGGCUGGUCUCAAGCAGUGGUCGCCUGUCAACAACCCAAAGAAUUCAACCUGGGUUCGAGUCCAAAACAACAACUUUCACCCGCACUACUGCAGCUACAAGAGGCGGUCGUGAAGACGCACUUCGAAGCUUUGAACUCCUCUCGAUCGGCACAGGAAAGAGGAAAUAAAAUGGUUAAACCGUCUGGUAAAGUCACGAGUGCUUGUGCUAAAGGUCUCAAAAUCUCUUUUUGUUGCAAUCAAAAGAUGGGCAACACACCAUAAUGGUUUUCAUAUGAGUUACUACUCUCAAGUCUGCAUAUGUGUAUGCAUUGUUGGGUUCCAUUCACAGUUGAAAAAUUCAAUGAAGUUUCUCGUCAAGACAAAAACUCUUUUUUAUCCCUUUCAGCGACUCUUGCCACAUAGAAAGAGAAGAGGAAUUAUUAUUAUCUCACUAAAAGGGAAAUGUUCAUAUAUCUUUGAGCAACACUAGUAGCUGUAACAAGUACCUCUACUAUUGCCUUUUUUUUUUCUUUU